AAUAGUUCACUUCUUCUCUACAGCCAGAGACCUCUGCAGCUGCUCUUACUACCAAGAAAAAGAUCAUCAUGAUGAAACCAGUGGUGUUCCUGAUGUGCUUGUUGGGCUCAACCUUUGCUGCACCUGCUCCUGAAAGCGGAAGCAAUGAGCAGGUUGCAGCACAUGCCAACAUGGCUCUGAGGAUGAUGGAGUUCUACAGAAUGUACGGUUCCCUUCAGCAACAGGGUGUUGGAGCUGCAGGAAACCCUGCCUUCCCUGCUGUUCCCGGGAACGCAGCAGCAGCUCCGCCGCCCAGCUUCUUCAUGCCGCCUCCCAUGCCAGCCGGGUCCGACGAGGAGGGAGCGCCCCAGUAUGCCUAUGGGUAUGGCUUACCAGCGGGCGCAGCCCCAGCUGCCCCCCUGAACUCUGACGAGGUGGGAGAGGAUGCCGCUGGCGCAGAGGCAGAGGCUGCCGAAGCCGAGGCAGAGCCCGCUGCGGCGGAGGCCGAGCCCGCCGCAGAAGCCGCCGUCCCGGAGGCCGCAGCUCCCGUGGAUGUGGUGCCCGCUCUCCCUGAGGUCUCCAUGGACAUUGCCGUUGCCGUCCCCGCCGGCGCUGACAUCGGCGCCGCCGUGGAUGCCGCCACCGCUGAUGCUGUCGACUUCGCCGCCGCGGCCGCCGCCUCCUUCGAUCCAGCCCUCGUCCCACAGGGGUCACCAAUUGCCGUGGAUAUCGACACCACCGUGCUGGCGGUGGACACCCCUGCAUUGGUGUAAUUGCCACAGUUUCCAACCUGGGUGUGCUUCCCUGAUGAAGUCAUGACGACAAUCAAAAUCAUCAGUGAAAAAAAGGGUUUGGAGGAAGGAGAUGUUUGUGUGUCCCGGCUACUUCUGCUGGGGAGGAAAAUAUAUUUGUUUUGAAAUUGGUCUGUGUGGAAAGAAUGAGCCUGGACUGUCUUUGUCAAACACCACUGAUUCAGUCUUUAUCUUGUGUUCUUUUUUCAUUCUUAAUAAAAUAAAUCUUGCUGAGA